AUGUUCUCUUCAGGAUGAAGCAGCAGCUCUGAAAUGAAUAUUGUGAAAUGUCAGUGCCUCUGCCCUUGGACCAAUGGCCAGCUUGUAAGAGAGUAAUUAUUAGAGCUGGACUGGGGGAUGUCAGGAGUAGAAAACUACCAGUCUGAAUGCUCAGCUUGUUUUUACCCACAGAAAUUCACUUACAGACAGAUCUCAGGGGUUACUCUGAAAUCCACAGAAAAGUUGUCUCUGUAUGAGCAAAAAAUUUGCCUAUCAGAGCAAAGCAGAGUGAUCAGGUGGCCAAAUCAACAUGAAAACUAACCAAACCAAAACAACCCCCCCAACACAAUAUAAACAGCACUAUUGUUUUGGAAAUACUCAUAUUUUAUGACUACUUUUGAAUGAAAAAGAAUUUAUCUGAUAGCAUUAAUCUUUCAUGCAUAGGUCAGGUACUUUUUCCAGAUCACCAACACCAGUGAAGAUGUCAGAUAUGCUAUACUAUCAAAACAAAUGCACAAACACACUAGAUGUGAAUUUUUACUCCUAAAUUUCUAUUUAUUCCUAACUUGAAACCAGCUGGCUGGGUGUCUGUUCAGUAAAUCCCAACCUAAGCAAUAUUACACAAGAGAUGUUUUAAAGAGAGCUGAAUAAAAUUGCUCAUAUUCAUAAAUAUCAAAUGUUUUGCUUAUUAAGUGUUUUCCCUUAUUAAACUGCUGAAAAGUUGCUUAUUUGAACUUAUUCUGCCAUUGGCAGAAAGUUGUCUUCAGAAGCUGAAAUUGAAUACUAGAAACUUCUUUACAAUCAUGGUGCAGAUUUGUACUUAUUGUACUCUUAUUGUACUCUUGUGCCACUGAUAUAAUGUGGAGUUUUCUAAACGUGCAGCACAUUACAGGCCUCUAGUGGUGGAAAAAAACCAAAACCCUAGCUUAGGAUCCAUCCUAACUGUAACAGUUCCUGAUGAUACUCAAUUCCACUCUUAAUAAAUUAUAUAAUGCUUUCUGUUUAUAGAUUUGGCCUUGUAGUUUGCUCACCUAAGGGAAAUGGAAAUUCAGCAGAGGUCAGAGAUGUCAGUGACAAUUCUCUGUUAAUCUGAAAGAAGAGAAAUCAAACAAAAAACAAUAAGAAAGUAAACCAGGUUUAAAAAAAAAAAGAGAAAAGCGUAUGUUGCAUAGACCUAGUCUUGCUCAACUAAUUAAUUAAUUGCAGUAGUCAAAAGAGGUAGGAUGCUGCAAGUCUGGCAGGUUACAAUCAUGCCACCACACCUGCCUAGGUUCCAGCCUUACCACCCUUUUUCUGCAGGUCUGUGUGGGCACAGGACUCUGCCAGUCCAUCUCAAAGCCUGGUUCCUAUCACCUCCCUGUCAGAUUCAGGUGACAGUUGUCCAGGAGCAUCCUCCUUUCAGCCCUUGCAAAAGGAGCAUAUCCUCCUGCCAGGGCUGAUCUCCUAGCAUUUAACGUUUAAUUUACUCAGCACAAUUUUUUUAUUUUGCACAAAGUACAAGGCAGUGACUAAGUAAAUUCCACGGGGUUGUUUAGUGAUUUGGUUUUGGUUUUCUGGGUUUUUUUUUUGUUUGUUUGUUUGGGGUUUUUUUGUUUGUUUGUUUGUUUUUGGUUUGGUUUGGUUUUUUAAUUACAAAUUUUCACUAAGAUUACUAACAAUAUUCUCAAACUCUUCAUUUCUGAGAUAAAUAUGAUGCAAACUUACACUACUCAAAACUCUCAGCAUUUUACUACAUUUUUAAGGGAGUUAACACUGUGGAGAGGAGUACUAUAUGUAAAAACAAAAAAGGUGAGAAGUGUCAGAAGUGAUUGAAGGUUUUUUCCCCCUUGGGUGUUCUUUAUUGGAAAAUGGGGUUUGGUGACUGGUCACUGCAUUUUGAUGGAGGAGCAGGCAAAUUUGAAAGACUUCAGAAGAAGCCAAUUGAAAUGUUGUAUAUCUGGGGACUAGACAGCUGCGGAGGAAAAGCUUAAGGUCAUAAAAAUCUCUGUAUGAACAAAGACCAUGGAAGAAGUGAUGGCAGAAGAGGGUGAAAUUCCUUUGAGGAUGGCAUUUAAAUCAGAACAUCAUAUUUGGCAGUGAAUGCAUUCCUUUAAGAUGCAUCAUCUUGGGCUUAAGCAUCUUUAGGUCCUCUCUUUGGAAAAGACCUGAUCUAGUGGAAGGUGUCUCUGCCAAUGGCAGGAGUGUUGGAAUGGGAUGAUCUUUAAGCUGCCUUCCAACCCAGGCUAUUCUAUGAUUGACACUUGACAGUCCUGUCCAGGGGAUGUGUGAGUUGGACCAUUUUGGUACAAAUAGUGCCAACAUUUCUCAAGCAUUCCCUCUCAUGACCCACAGUGAAAUAAAUAUCUUUAAUUUAGCACAAUAGUCCAGCUGCAGGGCAUCCUGAGUGACAUCUCACAGCAGUUCUGCAGCUCCUCAGGAGAGGCCCUGAUCUCUGCUCUGUGUGACCAGGGACAGGACCCAGGGAAUGGCUGGAGAUGUGUCAGGGGAGUAUUAGGUUGGAUAUCAGGGAAAGGUUCUUCCCCCACAGGGUCAUGGGGCACUGAACAGGCUCCCCAGGGAAUGGUCAGGGCUCCAAGGCUCCCAGAGCUCUAGGAGCAUUUGAACAAUGCUCUCAGGCACAGGGUGGGAUUGUUGGGGUGUUUGUACAGGGCCAGGAGUUGGACCCAAUGAUCCUGGAAUCCAAGAGAGUCUAUGAUUCUAUUGCUAAAUCAACUUUUAGAACAGAUUUCUUGCAGCUAUUAAAUGUUCCCAAGUAUAGAAGAAGAGACUGUGAUGCCUGAAACAUGACUAAAGACUCAUGGGUACAUGGCAAAAAAAACCCCAAAAUCAGGUAAUAAAAUAACUGGCAUAUGUCCCUAGUCCACAGCUGAGCCCUGGCAUCUAUAGCUGAUUUCCAGGUAGCUCAGAGAGAAUGAAUACUUGCCCAGGAUCUACACGAUAUUCUGAUAAUAUUCUCUGUGGUCAUAAAGAAGCCCAUGAGCCAUGUAGACAUUCUUUUGCAAAAGGAGGCCCCUUUUUCUUCUGCCUGCUUUCUUUAUAUUAUUAGUUUAGCCCUUGCUAGCUACAGUGUCAUUAUAUUAUAUUCUAAUUGUCUAAAUCUCCUCCUGACAGAAAGUCAUUAAAAGGUUUCCUUCAUCUGGUGUAAAACAGAUGAAGACAAAUUGUCCACCCUCCAUUUUUUUAACAGAUAAGACAUGAGUGUGUGACCUGCAUACUCAGAACCGGGCUUUCUUUCCAAGGUCAGUGCCUGCUCUGUACUCCAUCAUGUCUCCUGCGACAGAUAUCAGUGUUUUCCUCUUAGAGGGGUGGUUUGUUGCCUUCAAGCUAGGAGAAUCCUCUACCACUGUGUUUUUCCCACGCUGGUGUGUAGAAGAUUGUGUCUCAAAGCACUGUAGGGCAAGAAGGACUAACCCACAAACCAAAGCAGCAUGUACAAUCAAAUGGAUCAGUUCCAAACUUCUCAGAGUGCUCAAGAUGAAAAGGAAGGAUGAAGUCUACCGAUGUACCUUGAGCUAGCCCACAUCAUCCCUCAGAAUUUGGCCUGUUGCCUGGAAUUAUGACAAGACCAGUGCCUGUAGGCCAGGUUAACUUUCCCUACAACUUCAUGCAGUUGCAGGGGAAUGGAAAGAAGGAGCAGAGGAAAUUCCUGAGUGUUACUCUGGCUCAUUUGUUCCCACCUUUACCAGGACUGUACUUGCCAGCAGCAGCGAUGAUAUUUACAGUUCUUGUCAUGAACAGAUUGCCUUUCUGUAAGGUUCCCUAAGAAUAAAACAGUAAUUAAACCUCAUAAUGCCUCGGGGAUUUGCAAAGGAGUCAUGUCACUUUUAUGGUGCAGCUCUGCAGCUGUUUGACUGUGUAUGGCCCUUCUAUUAUUUACUGAUUAACCACAGCCCAAGGAAUCUGAACUGGAGCAGUACCAACCACAUUCUUUUUCUGCAAUAAAUGGAGGGGGAAUGACAGUUUUUCUCCAGUUAAUCACCCAAGCUGUUUUCAGAGAAUCACAAAAUUGUUUGGGUUGGAAGGGACCUUAAAGAUCAUCCAGUUCCAACCCCCUACCUUGGGCAGGGACACAUUCCACUAGCCCAGGUUGCACAGAGCCCCAUCUGAGCCUUGAACAGUGUUCAUCAAUUUGAGCGCAAUACAUAAAAUCCAGCCAAAGUCCUGCCCAGUAGAGAUAUUGCCAUUUUUUUUCUGUGUGGAGAAGUUUGUUGCCUCAGUAAGGAUUUCAUGUCACUGUCUUUUGUCAUGAGUUACUUUAACUCAAGGUGAAAUUUUAUAUUUUACACAAAGAUAGAGGUUCAGGAUGGACCAUGACAAAACUGAAUCUUUUUAGGUAUUGUAAAUAUAAGGCAAUUUCAGAAGGUGUCUGCUGCUCUCCACACAGUAAUUGCUUUAGAGGACAGAGAUCAGAACACUCUGUGCUGCCUAUUGGCUCCAAAAUCCACCAUUGGAAGUUGGAAAGUCGAACUGCUCAUUUUCUGUCUCCUAUAAAUAUCUGCUCUAUUUGGCUUCCAGAUCACUGGGAGCAGAUCAUUAGAGGAGGAAAGAGGAUUUUGCAUCCUCGGUUUUUAUUGCUGCCAUAAAUUGAUAGUCACUGCACUAUCAGUGCACUAUCAGGGAAUCAGACUCUGCAGAGCCUGCAAUCUGCAUGUUAGACACGAUCCAGUGCUUUGCAGUCAUGGGCAGGAGAAAGGCAGGAGCAGACAUAAUGGCAAUAAAAGGUGACCUGGAAAGAGUUGGGGAUACAUGGUCUGGUUGACCACCAGCGAUUAGGAGGCAUAAUUCGGGGGAAAGGUUUGAUGAUAAAAAGGAGCCACACUAAUUUCUGCAGGGAGGUUUCUCCAGGUGUAGGGCAGGAACAGAAGGGGAUGAAAGCACAGUACCAUCCCAGAGAGAUCCAGAUAAGUUUAAUUUGGUGGACACAUCUUUGCAGGGGGAGGAUGAUAUGGGUAUCUGCCAGGCAAACAAAAAAAAGGAAGAGUUGUCCUAGAGUUCCAGAUUCCCCAUGAGGCUAACAGAUGUUGAUGUGGUAAAUCAGAACAUCUGAUGUUAAAAACAGAAUAAACAUUAUUUUCUUUCAGCAGCAGCAUUACAAUUACAAGAUCAUCUUCUUUCCUACAGUGUGAACCUCAGACAUUUGCAGGUGGCCUGCACAACAUUUGUACACCAUUUAAUGUCUCUCUUCAGCUUCUGAAGCAGCAUCUGUUAUGACUGGCAUGUUUGAUCAGCUGAGUGCACAUAGUGGAGGAAUAUCAGAAACUAGAGGGAAAAAAGAAAAAAAAGAAAAAAUAAGCCCUUCUCCAAUGGCAGUAGAUGUUCAGUGGCAAGUUCUAUUAUGUGCUUUCCCUGCAAGAGGAACAGCUGGUCAGAAUCAAUUUCUCAACUCAGUGCUGUUGGUGGGUUUGUGUGGGAGUGAAAUGGAAGAGGAAAGUUCUCAGAAGCACUGAAACAUUCAAGUAUUACCAAGAGACAGGUACUUGGAGAUUCUGUAUUCCCUUGAUUAGAUGGGAAAACAAGAGACAGCAUUCAUCAGCACUGUACCCUCAUUAUGUGGAUACUGCACUAACUAUAGCAGGAAUUCAAUCUGUGCUCUACCUGUGGUUCCAGCAUAUUGGAAAUGCCAUGAGAUCUGGGUUUGGAGAUCCACAGGCUGCUUCUAUUGGACAAUCAAGUUUGUUCUGUGUUCUUUGUAGAGCUCUAGGACUAGAACAAUAUUCCUGGCAUCCCUUGGAUGUCUGAAUGAAGGCUCAUCACCUUCUCUUUCUUUUGACUUCUCACUCCUUUUAUGCCAACAUCUUGGCAUAAAAACCUUGUUGCUACCAUGAUACCUAAGAUUUCAUUUUUUGUUUGGUUGGCUUUUUGUUUUUAUUUUUGGAAGAGGUUUCGAUUAGCCAAUUGAUCAGUACAUAAUUUUAAGCUCAUUUCUGGGAGGUUUUUGGAUGAUGCUUGGGAUCAGCAUUAAGUCCCUUCUCCUUGACAGUCACAGUGCAAUUUUGAAAUAACACUGAUUCAAGACAUGCUGAAAAGACAGCAGAUUCUGAGAUGAAAGCUGAAAGUUUUUGAGUUCUCUAGGCCUAGGAGCUACUAGGGAAGGCAUAUUUGGAGUCAGGGAUGUUUCAGGCUCCCACGACCAAGACUAAUGCUUGGUCAUAAAAGCACAUCAUGAGAGAAGGUUCUUAUCUCAAAGAACUGAUAAGUAAGUAGGCAAGGCUGGAAAAAGGUGGGUCUAGAAGCAAAGAGGACUCAAUUCAGAUGCCUGUACAUGGAUAGGUGUCCAGUGCCAGUGGAGAUGCCUUAAGAUAGCUCUGAUAUCCACAUGGAUCUCACAGAUACGACACAGAACUUGCAGGAAUCCUUUGCCUACCAGAACGUGGGAGCUCAGGUGCGAUACCUUAGGGCACCCUGAAUGUCAGCACAUUUCUCUGUGUGGACAGCUGGAUCAGCCUUUAAAAACUCCCUUAAGCCUUGCAGAAGUUCAUUAGGUGUAGACACCUACAUUUAGGGCAUUUAUUAGAUGGUUCACACUUGAAAUUAAUGGCCCAAGGUCACACAUCAGCCCCAGAGACAGAAGUACCCUAGUUUGCACCCAGAUGGGUGGAACAUGGCAGAUUUGGCUCUCCACUCACUGCAGGUCACCUUCACCACACUUUUGUUGGAGAGACAAGAUUUCCUUCUCCUUCAUAGCUCUGGGAACUGAGGCAUGGAGAGCCUGAAAUUACUUUUCUGAGACCCCCACGGGUUAAUUAAACUGAAAAAUCUAUGCAGGUAAAAUUAAAAUACUGGGGUUUGAGACUGUAAUUUACACGAGAGUUGAUGCAAUCUCCCAAUCCUAUGCACAGAGACAGUCUGCUCAGUACCUCUGCCAAAAAUCCCUUCCUGUAAUCUCUUCUAAACCUUUCAAGGUCUGUGCAGUUGAUUGCAUGGUGCAUAAGUGAGGCAAUCAAGAAACAGGAUCCCUGUGCCAGAAGCAUCUUCAGCUGCUUCACUGGGCCUCUUAAGGGGCUCUUUCUGCUGUGAGUUUGGAUUUUUUCAUGCACAAGAGCUUUGUGGACUGGACCCAGAUGUACUGGAAAGUUUGGUGAGGUCUUCAAGAGUGUUUUAGUGGUGGCCAAUUGUCACCUGAAACCACUGGAUUUCCCCAGAAACAUAUGUAAGCUGGUAAUUGCAUAUUAGCAAAACUAACUCAGCCAUUCAAUUAUUAUUCUGUGGGAAAUUCUACUGCUGUGAAAAUAUAUAUUAUUGUGUUCCUCAUUGUUGAGAGAGUACUCAUAAAACCAGCUGUCAUUUAUUUCUGUUGCAAGCAAUUGAGAGUUGAGGUGGUUGUUAAAAAGCAUGAAUUAGGGGAGAUGACAUGAACCUCCCUUGGUAAUAUAUUCACAAACAUACCAUUUCAGGAGUUCAGAGCUUGCUCUGGAGCACAUUUGCCAAGGACCAAGGUAGUGCUUCAUUUGUUGAAAGAGUUAACAAUACGAUGCUUGAACUUCUCCUGACUUGUAAAUGCGUUAUCCCAUAAGCAGCUUGUUUAGCAAGAGUGCAGAUGUAGAUAUGAGCUGAGUAAGAGAUCUGUGAGUUUGUCACCUUCCUUCCUAUUCUGUGGCAUCCUCAGCUCUGAUAUUUACCUCUCAAUAAACCCAGUUCCAUACAUAAGUUACCAGUAUUUUUUAUUAUCUGCAUAUAAAACACUACAUCUGAAUAUCUGCAUGCAUCAAACACUUGAGCAGUUUGAUCCACUUGAAUUGCAUAGAAAGUUAAUUUUAUGCCAUUCAGGAGUUCCAAGGGCCAAGUAUGUGCAAGUUUUGAGAAGGUAUCUGGCCAUAUAAAAUCUUUAAGUGUGUGCCAGUAGCUAAGGUUGUGGUGCCUUAAGUGGUUAGAUAUUCUUUGACCCAGCUUGAAAUUCCUGCUGCUUUUAUUUGGUGUUUUGUUGAUUUGAGCAGGUUGGUGAUAACACUUGAAGGUGUGUUCUGCUGCAGAAGGGAUCAGAGAAUCACAGAAUGGUUUUGGGAUGGAAGGGACCUUAAAGAUCAUCUUCUUCUACCUGGAGAAGAGAAGGCUUUGGCUCAUCCUUUUUGUCCCUGAAGGGAGCCUACAGGGAAGAUGGAGAGAGACUCUAGACAGGGGCCCAGAGUGACAGGACAAGGGACAAUGGCUUCACACUGUCAGAGAGCAGGUUUAGAUUGGAUAUUGGAAAGAAAUGCUUCCCUGUGAGGAUAGUGAGAGCCUGGCACAGGUUGGCCAGAGCAGCUGUGGCUGUCCCAUCCCUGGAAGUGCCCAAGGCCAGGCUGGAUGAGGCUCUGAGCAAGUUGGGCUAGUGGAAAGUGUCCAUGCCCAUAGCAGGGGGUGGAACUGGUUGAUCUUUAAGUCUCUUCCAACCCAAACCAUUCUGUGGUUCUGUAAUGUGCCAAGUCUCUGCUGUGGGGUUCACAGCAGCACCAUGACGUAGCCUGUGUAUCCAGAUGAGAGUGGCCCCCUGCUUCUUGCCUUUCUCAAGCAUUACAACAGGUCUCCUUUGGUAAUUUGUGCUUUUAGUACAGCUGUGGUUGGAAGCAACAGCAAUCACAGGACCAAAGGGCAAACGCUGCACAGUCUAGAAGCCCUCAGGAUUGUUUUACUGCUGGUACUUGCUAUUGAUAAUGAUUUUGUGGCAAUCACCUCUAAACUAUGCUGGAGAUAGCCAGGGUUUUCACUGGUUAAUAUAUUUUUUAAUCUCUGAUGGAGUUGUCUGAGCCAUCACACAUUCUACAUAACUGAGUUCCUUAUUACUGUGCCUGUCACUCAUGUCCCUGCAAUCCCCUUUUUUCUUGCCAAGUCACUGAAUGAAAAACCCAAUUCAUUCUGGCACUAAGAACUCCCCCUAAUACUAUUUCAGUGAAGGAGCAAUGUCAGGGGUUAUUUUUCUACUGAGUUCUUGCUGAAAGUGAAAGCCCUGAAGCUUUUGUGUGCAGUCCCUGCAGAGCUGCCCUCACAGCUGUGCUGACAUUCAUCAAAGGACAUCCAUUCCUGCAGUGUAAAAGUACGACGUUGCUGAGGACAUCUCUCCAUCUGCCAGCCAUGCCAGUGAACAUCUGCAACAGUACCACUGGAAAUACUUCAGGAAGAGGGAAGGUUUUAAAAAAAUAAAAUAAGUUUCAUGGUAUAAAGCAAAAAAUCCAGUUUAUGUGAACAAUGAAAUAGUUUCCCCAAAAUUAAAUUUGUGAAAAUUCACUUCUGGUGAUUAUUUUUUCACUAGGGUAAAAAACAUUUGAUGGAAAAGUUGUGUGUCUGUCAUUCUGAGUCUUAUACAUCAAUAUAAAUAACUCAACAAACAUUAUUUAAACUACCAGAUGGAUAUAAUAAAAUAUAGUCCCAUCUACAUGUGAUAGAUAGAAAGGACUGGUCUGAUUUAUCACUUCCAUUGAUUCACACAGAUAAAUCACUGAACCCUUUUUAGGACUGGGGCACCAAAAAUAUAGAAAUGAAACAUACUGCUUCAUGAACAAUUAGAAAACUUCAAAGAAAGGUCUUUAUAGAAAGCUCUGCAAGAAAAAAAACAAACAAACAAACAAAAAAAAAAAACAACAAAAAAACCCCAACAAGAACAAAAAGUGUGUAAAGUUCACUAUGAUUGUGAAGUUUAUUAUAAUUGUAUAGUCCACAAUAAUUGUCUCCCUGACCCUGGGUCAGCAAAAACCCAGUAUGCUACCAAAGGUCAGUCAAACCCUCUUCCAGACUGGAUUGCCCUUCUAACCCCCUCACCCCCCAAAUUCAAAACCUUCAUCCUAAAUCACCUUUCCCAAAAAUACCUGUUUAAAUUUUUCCAUGGUUUCCAUAAAUCAUAGAAAUGCAGUAGCUGUCCAGCAGCAUCAGCACAUGAUGUCUUUCAAUGAAAAACUUCCAGCACAUGAUCUGCCUAAUUCCUAAAGCUGCUUUGAAAAGCUAAUCUUUGGUGCUUUGCCCUUCAGAAAGGUUUGUCAUGGAUCUGGUGACAGACACAAUGCAGUGGUAUGAGAAAUGGUGCUACCCUCUAGUUUAUUUGGAGUUUGCUAAUAAUCUGUGCCCACUGGGAAAAGAAGUGGAUGUAUCCACACCCCAGGUGACCAAGCUGAACCCUAUCACUUGACUUUGGGCUGUUUCUUGGAGGGUGGGGGUCCAGGGUCCUGGUUCUGUACUGGUCCCGCCACAUGGGACUGAAUCACUGCAGCUCUCUGCAUUUUCCCUUGAUGCAGUUGCUGGAGAUCACUUGGUAUCUCUGUCACACCCCUCCAAAUAUUCUCCUGUCAUUAAAAACAGUGACUCCCCCAGGGACACAGGCUGGAUAUGAGGCGAUGACUCCAGCUAAGUUUUCCCUGCCAUGAGUGAGUGAGUGAGUGAGUGAGUGAGUGAGUGAGUGAGUGAGUGAGUGUGAGUGAGUGCUCCCACUGGUCUCUGCCCCGUCAUUUGGUGGUCUGGGCCUAUUUUGAGCACAGAAAAGGCUUGCUGUCAGCCCCUUGUGCUGGUCUGAAGGAGUGCCCCAAACAGACUGCUUUCCAGCCAUGAUCCCCUGUCUUAUACUGUCUGCAAAGCUGUCAUGGCAUCCUGAAGAAACCUGCAGAAGAAAUACUGGCCCGAUUCCCACUUGGCCGGGCCGGGCUCUCUGAGUGUGGCACUCAAGGUCAGUGGUUCACUCCUGUGGAAUCCCAGGAAUCUUCUGUAUUCCUUUCCAGUCCCCUAAUCUGAUAAACUGUGUGGGGAGAGGCAAGGGAGGGGGGAAGGAGUAUGUGAUGUAACCGCUUAUUCUGGCAAAGUGACAACCCCACGGUGCCUGCAACUUGCGGUGGGGUUUUGGUGGCUGCCGCUGGGAGACUGAAAAAGAAAGCCUGGAGAUCCACCACAGCUGUGGGAGACCUCGCAGGGGAUGCACUCACCUCCCUUGUGGAGAGGAAGGCUGAGCGCAGCCUGCAUUUCCUUGUCUUGCUGGCUCCACCUGCACCGCGACCGGCUGGGGACAAUCCUGGAGAAAGGGAUGCUCGGAGACGGCUGCACUGCUGCGGUGAGUCUGUUCCUCCUUCCUGCCUUUUCCCGACGGUUUUGGGGGGAAGGAAGGGAAAUGGAAUGAGCUGGGGCGCGUGUGGAUUUUUGGGGGACUUGUAACUGUGUGGAAUCCCUGCGGGAUUGACUCUGAUCCCGCUGAUAAUCGCCGACUAAUCUGGGUGCUGGCAGAGUCCAUCCGGAUUACAAGGGCAUGUGGCUCCGGGUCAGGAUGGGUAUGACACCUCCCAGGGUCUCCGGCUUUGUGUCAGAGGAACACCCCAAAAAUGCGGUUGACUGCAAGGAUUAACUGCAAAAGAGAAAUUUGGGCGUGUCUGUCACCAAUGUUGGGCAUGGGUGUCACAGCCUGUGAGGAGGGGGGUCAAAGGAGAAAAUGUGCUUUUCUCAAUGCCAGCGGGAGAGGAAGCUGAUCCUGUGUAUUUGCUAAUGGAGAAAACUGGAUCAGGUAGUUCAAGCUGUUGAAACUAACUGCAGAAAAGUGUUUUCUAGGAGAACUUUCAAGUGCCUUUGAAAACAUCUCCCUGCUAAAGGAAAGAAGGGAAGAGGAGGAUCAUCAUAAACUUGGGAUGGCUUCAACUUGGCAGAAAGCUCAGGAAUUCUACAACUGGAUUCUUGAAAGUGGAGAUCCAAGGACAGACCCGUGGCCACUGGUCUACUCCCCACUUCCAGUGACCCUGGUCUUCAUCUCCUACCUCUUCAUGGUGGCACUGGGACCGUCCUGCAUGCGGCAGUGGUGGCGGCUGGAGCUGAGGGCUCCACUACUCAUCUACAACCUGGCCAUGGUGGCAUUAUCCAGCUACAUGUUCUACGAGUUUCUGGUCACUUCAGUCUUGGCCAACUACAGCUACCUGUGCCAGCCAGUGGAUUACAGCCGGAGUGAGCUAGGAAUGAGGAUGGCAAGAGUGUGUUGGUGGUUCUUCUUCUCCAAAGUCAUCGAGCUGCUGGAUACGGUUUUCUUAAUUCUGCGCAAGAAACAAGAGCAGGUGACUUUUCUGCACGUGUACCAUCAUAGCUCUAUGCUCUUCAACUGGUGGUCAGGGGUCAAAUACGUGCCUGGAGGACAAGCCUUCUUUGUCGGGAUGCUGAACUCCUUUGUCCACAUCUUCAUGUACGGCUACUAUGCCCUGGCCAGCCUGGGGCCGCGGAUGCACCGGCACCUGUGGUGGAAGCGUUACCUGACCAUCCUGCAGCUGUGCCAGUUUGUGGCUAUUGCUGCUCAUUCUUCCUACAACCUCUUCACGGACUGCCCCUUCCCUGAUGGCUUCAACACUGCAGUCUUCCUCUACAUCCUCAGCCUCCUGGCUCUCUUCCUACGCUUCUACUAUCAGACCUACAUCAGGGGAAAGCAGGAGAAGCUGACUUGAAGGAAAUCAGAGGACAGAGAGCACAGCCUGAUGAACAUGAGCGUUCUCUGCUGCUUGUGACAUGGCUUCAGGAAGAAAAUGUAUCUGGGAAGUGUGUGUGAGGCUCAUGUUUUGCCUUCAAAUAUCCCAGGUCAGGGAGAAGAAAGGAAUGAUGUAAACUCAGGGAUUAAGGAACUGAGGAGCACAUUUUAUUAAGCUGAGGCCAAGCUAAGCCAAGUAGCCACCACCAUUGCAGGCUUUUGGGACAUUUGCAAGAUAAGGUCUUUUUCCCUUCCAUCUUUAACUCAGUGUCCAAGGUCUAGCAGCCAGCUACAACUCCCUGCCUCAUUUCUGAGACUGUAGAGGGUUUCUUUGCAUCUACAGAACUAUCUCAGCUUGGUGUUGUAGGUCAGGCAGGGUCAUGUGCCUCCAGCCUGGAAAUCAAUGUCCAGGUAGCAGCAGAGGUCAGGAAUCCACAGGGACUGCAGGAUGUAGACUGCAUUCCACCCUGUUCUGCUAAGGAAGCUCCUACUAGGCCUGGGGUGGUCCUGAUGGUUUAACUUCUUAUCAGAAUAAGCAGCAAGGAAAUUGGACAUUAGGUUAUCUGGCUGGACAGGUGUCUUCACUGUCCUGAAGCUAAAGAAGGCAUUAUUAGCACUUUCAUCCUAAUACGAAACCAGUGCACUAAGAGUCACCAUCUCCCAUUUUCUGGAAUGUUUAUUUCCCUCUGUUUGCUCUCAUAACAAUAGAGGAUUUUAAUGCAUGAAGAUAUUUGGUAUUUCUCCUUGUAGAUGCGAUAUUUGAACUAGAAAGAAUAGAUUCAUGUUCCUUACUCAUAACUUUUUUCUCCAAUUUGUUAUUAUUUUUAAUAUUGUUAUUUUUAAGUUUUGCUUAUUGUCAAAUAUAAAGAGUUUAACAACACCAUAAGCAACCACCUCCACUACCUAAUUGUAUAAGAAUUAAUACAAAAUGUAUAAAAUCGAUUCAUUGGGUAGUGCAAAGCUGCAUAGCUCCAUUGAUUUUAAAAUCACCAACUGGCUUCUUUUUUUUUUUUGCUCCUAAAUCAAUUACAACUAGAAUUUGGCACUUAUAUUCAUCUGCAGACUGUUAAAUAUUGUUAAAGUUUUGAUGUGGUAGUACUUUGAAGAUCCUAAUUAAACUACAAAGUGGUAAUAUUGAUUGAAUACUGCUCAGUUGAUUAAAACUGGUACUACAGAGUAGUGGUAUUUUGUGAAAAACAAAGGUGUUGAAGGAGAGGGUUGGAAUUAGUGACAUGAUGCGUUGCCAUUGCCAAGCCAAAUCCAGCUCAAAUAUAAGAAAGUCCAACUCCACUGGGAAUGUCCAGAGGAGUAGAGCUGGCCUGAACCUAGCAAAUGGAUGUACCCCAAAAGACCUGUGUGCCCUACAACAAUCUGGAGUCAAGUGGCUGCAAAAAAUAAAUUCAACUUGUUCGUUGCUGCUCUGUGCUUGUACCCAAAUCCUUUCCUUCAGCCCCUCCACACACAUGUGGAAGAUAAAACAAUAUUCUGCCAUUCCUCACUCUCCUCCCCUUCACACACAGACACAAAGGACUUGUUCACACUGACACAAGGUCACAUCAUCAACCUCCUUCCUUUGAUUUAAGCAGUGUCUCUUCUGGUUGUCACUGGUGAGUAUGAGAAUCACUGCAUCUGUGCUAGUUGGUUUUCUUCCUGUCAACUAUUUUUUCAUGCUAAUAAAUUAAUAAAUAGUGACACUUUCAAGUACUGGAGUUCUUCUUCUGUCAGAAUUUUAACUAGCAAAUCCCUUUGGUGGGUCCUUCAUUCCUCCCUUUGUUUGGAAAGACAGGAAAAUGGGAUCUGCUGUGUAUCUAACAUAUUCAUGUGGAGGGUUUCACCUGGGGGCUGUCUUCAGCUCUGGCUGAAGACUCAGUGCAAGUAAACCAGUCCACCUAAUGAUUCAUUUAUGACCCUCUCCUGCUUAAACAUCAGUACCUGUAGCCCCUAGUUUGGUGGUAGAGCAUUUCCUAAUGCUAAAAUAUCUGUGCUCACAAAUCAAUCUAAUGCUCUUUUUCCUAUACAUGAGUAGGUUUCCACCUCAGUUUCCCCUCACUUUAAUGUUUUCAGAAUGUAGUAACUAAGUUCACUCAUAAUUUUAUACCAGAAUAAACAUCAUGUAUUUUGAUUUUCCUUGAUUUGUGACUGCUUAAAAAUUGGAAAUGAGUGCAAAAUCUGAAUGAGAUUACUCCUUGCUCUUCCACUCUUAAAAUACAUUAAUUUGUAAACGUGCCAUUUACCUUUUUUUAAGGCAGCCUAUGCAGCUUAAUUUGUGUCCAUGUAUGACAAAGCAAUGGAUUCUGGAGUGUCACUGGUCACAUAGGUGGUAACAAAACAUGGAAGUACAAAUCUGUCACCUGACAGCUUGAAGUGUUUGAUCACCUAAAUCAGACACCACUGUCACCGCUUGUUCUAGACAUGAAACCUUUGAUUCAUUCCUGUCCCUCUUCCUCACAGCCUGAGUGAGUGGCCUGAUCUUGAAUGAGUAAGAUCUUUUUGUUGGUGUGACUUUGAUGGCACAGGAUGAAAAUGAAGUAUUUUCAGUUGACUGAUAAGGAGGAUUGAAUUUGCACAGAAACACCAUGCUUUCCAUACAGGAACAGACAUUGGCAUGGAACACAGCUGUUAAAGAAGCAUUGAUGCAAGCAAAAUUCACUUGUGAGAAUAUUUGCACUGGCAGUGAAGAAAAAACUGCAUUGGUAUAGCUGAGUGGCUCUGCAGGUUACUCCUUCAGAUUGCCCUUGCUUGUCUUCAUUCUCCAGUUUUAAAAUUGGGUUGUCCAGUUGGAACUGUCCACCUAGGCAACUCUGUUGUGACAAAAAACCUGAGAGCACAGCUAUGUGCUUCUGGAAUUUAACAGAGAAUAAAGGCAUUGAAUGGGAAUUUGCCUCUAAAAUCAAGUCCCUGGAUUAAAGAUUACACCACAGCAAAGAACUGGAAGUCAAAAGGGGAUGGAAACUAUAAAUUGCAAGCUUGGAUGGCUCAUGCUAUCUGGUAGAGUCCAAAGCUUUGAGGGUGGGUUGAAAAUACCCACAGCUGGAUUUGUGAAAAACCUCUGGGCCAAAUGUUAUUUCUACACAUGAGUGACAAAGGCUGCAGUUCCUCUGGAAUGAGGCUGGCACAGCUGUGUGGAAAGCAGCACACUUAGCUCCACAGCCGUGUUUGCUGGGAGCAGGAGUGUUAUUCAGUCUUAACAGAUGACUUUUGAGGGCAUGGUGGUGUGUAAGUCUCCCCCUUACAAACUAUGGGUAAUUAGAUGUUCAUAGAGCAGUUUACAUGAACAAGAUGUAAAGCAUAGUGCAAGUAGGCUGCUGAAAUGAAUAAGCUUGAUAUCUGGUAGUGCUCAGCAUCUUUCCUGCUUUUCCAGUCAAUGUAAAUUAUGGAUGUUCAGAUCAAAUUACUUUUGAAUUAACCAGACCAUUUACUCAGUGCUUACUUUCUCUCUGAAGAUAAAUGAGAGGGAUUCUCAUUUUAAUCAAAACAAAAUACAGAAAAGAAAAUCAAUUACUAUUUUAUGUUUUUUCCAUCCCUGUAUGGUGGAAAGUUUCCAGUGGAACUUGGGCUUAAAAUUGCAAAGCAAUAUAAAACGCAGGGACAUGGUUGGGUUUUAGCUAUUGGAUUUUUUUUAUAUACUAUCAGAAAACAUGGCUGUGUUGUUUGUUUUUUUUAAAAAAGACAAAAGACUUGCUCUAAACAAUUAAACAAGUAAAAGCAGAAUACAGUAGAUUGCUUCACCCAAAAAAUAAAAAUCUGUUGAUACAGAUGUAAACCACCUAGAAACCAAACAUUUAGAAAGAUCAGCCAGCCCUAUAUACAGAACAGUGUGAAUAUGCUGAAUUCAUUAAUGAAUAGCUUCAUGGAUUAGGGCUUGAUAAAUGGAGUGCUCCAUCCAGAUGUUUACUGUGAUUUGUCAAUGGCCUGGUACUUAACCCUCCUGGAAAUAGGAGCCUUUUCCCUAGGAUCUCUCCUGGGGACUGUGGCAGUGCCUCUCUCUGGUCUGAAUCAUCUCAGGACAGGAUCAGGCUGCUGAGGAAUUAACCAAGUGGCAGAGGCACGGAUUUUCCUUUAACCCUUUCGGUUUCCUCUCACCUUCAGAUGAUUUCCUCACCAUCUGCCACAACCUCGCCGUUAUUUAGUCAACACAUGGAAAAGGAAAAAAAGGAGUCACCCAUGUCACCCCGGGGUCCCUGUAUCCACAAAAUGUGCCGAGGGAGGCACAUGGAGUCCCAUCAGCACUGAGGAGGAAAAGGGCUCUGGGCAACCUCAAGAGCUUGGUGUGCUCAGCAUCGUCUUUUUAUUUUUGUGAUGCUACCACUCCCUAUCAGUGACAGGGAUGGCCCAAGAGGUAGUAUUUGUGAGAAGACUGAUGUCCUCAAGGUGUCCUUGGUCAGGGUACUGGAGAGUGUAGUGUGUGCAUGAGUGACUUUGGGUGUGGGUAGGUGAAUGCAGCCCCUGCAGACCAUCCCCACAGCUCAUUUCUCAGCAUGUGGGACUUCUCCAUGGGAUGGGUCCUUCAUCUCGCUGCGGAACACUGAAGGACAGCUCCCAGCAGCCACGCCUGCUAUGGAAUGGCACAGUGGGAGCUGCAGUGAAUGCUAGGUUUUGUUGUGCAUGUGCAGGACUGUAAAGGACUGAUUUUCUGUGUUCAACUUCUGGCUAAAUCACAAGUAUGUGGACAAAUGAAUUAUUUUCAGGGACUGCCUGGUUAAAACAUUAGUAGCACAUCUCAGCACUAUUCUUCCCUAGUCUGCAUGUCGUCCUUUCUCUCCAGUACCUUGUCUUUCUGCUGCUCUUCAAGAGCAUGUCUUCACACUGAGCUGAAAAAAUGAAGGCUAUUAAAUAAAAAUUGUCCUUUAAAAUUCCCUGCUUGGAGUAGAUGUUCCUUCCCCUUUAACAUCAUCCUCCCAAUUUCUCUUGUCCCUUUUUUCUGCUCUUCUUUUGUACCUACACAUACAGACACUGUAACAGAUUCUUAGACCUUUGAAAACUGCAAAGAAAGAAGCAACAAGUUACUCAGAUACUGUACAAGCAGCUGCAUUCUUCUGAUCUAUCAACUGAAAAUGUACAUUUUCUUCAUAAGGUUUUCUGCAAGGCUUUAAUCCAAGUGAAUUUCGGCAAGUCUUAUUUUUCUUUGCACUUCAGCAUAAUCCCAUCUGCCUUCAAAUUCAGGAUGUGAACACUGCAACUUGAUACUUGGGAAAGCUAGAAUCUUGAACUGGAACUUAAAUUUGGCAUGGUCCCUCCCAGGCAUUCCCUGCUAAUGAUGAAGGAAUGGCAGAAUAGAUACAAACAUCUGAGAGGCAGCAAGUUACUGCUCUUCUGUGCACUUUAUUCUGCUCUGAGUGGUGUCCACCGUCACAGAUAUCUGAGGAUGUUUUCUCCUGACAUAAUAAAUGGUUAUUCCCAAGGCAAUGUUUGGAGGAAGAAUGCCUUUCUGACAGAGCUGGAAAACCAGAAUAGUUUUCGAGUGUGCAAGCCCUGCUCUGGUUGUAAUCCCCAAUAUGCACUGGUAGCAGAUCCCUUAUUGGGGUGCACAGCUGUGUCUGUGGUGUGUCUGUAUUUAUCGUGGGUUUUGCUAGUCUCAGAGGGUGUUAUCCUACAUUUGCAGGUUUAAUAUGUUAUCCCAUUAAAUAACUGUAAAUCAAAGGGCCAUUAUUUUGAAAGAAGAACUUAUCUUCUACAUAAUUUUGCUUCUUGAAAUUACUGGUGUGAGUAAAGCUGUCCUUUAUUCACUGGAACAGUGGCAAAACAGGUUGGCAAUUCUGUGCUUAGUUCUUGGAGAUAAAAUCCAAGCCACCACUUACAGAAACCAUUUAAUACAAUUAUGGUUUUCUAUUUUGGCAGUGCUUUUAAUAUCUUUGGGCAGAUUUCAUACACAGAGGUAAUGUUUUAAAUUAGGGGAAAGCCACUAGUCACAGUGAAUCUAGGUGAAGUGUUUGAUGGAGCUAUGAGUAGUAACAUAAGGAUUUAGGAAAAAAUGUCACUGUGAUGCCAACUGGAAGGCAAAAUGGUCACAAUCAAUUUUGUUAGAAAACCAGAAACUCCACAAGACGGGAGUGGUGUAUAUAUACCUACAGGUUCUAAUCCUACAGUAUUUAGAUACAUAUUUAGUGUAUUUCCCUGCAGACCUUGAGUAGAAUAGAUGAGUUCAUGGCUUGAAU